UUCUCCAAAGCUUAGCGAUACGUUGCCCCGCCCCCUCUUCCUCCUCCUUCGCGCAUGCGCCUCUCCAAGCCCUUCUCUCUGUAGCCGUCCCGUCGCCGCCGCCGCCGGCGCGCCUGGAUGACGUCACGCCAUGGCCGCCUUGCUCCGCCGCCGCCAGUAGAGGCCCUGUCUCGCGCCCCGCCGCUUCCCGGAGUCGCUUUCCCUCCCCCCCCUCGGCCCCUUCUCGUCCGGCCAGUGGCUCUCCAUGUGCUCAGGUAAAGGGAGGGCCUUCCCAGCUGGCUACCAGUGAUGCUUUCAGUGGAGAUGCCAGCAACUGAACAUGGAUCCUUCUGCAAGCAAAACAGAGUAGCAGUCCCUGAUGGAUGUUUCCGAAAGCCCUGAGCAAAGCCCUCGCUCUCCCGAGGAGGAAGAGGAGGAAGAGGACGACGACCAGCAGCUCUCCGAUGACAAAAUCCUGAAAGACAGUGGCUCGGAACAGGAUGGGGAGGAAGGGCUGGGCACCAAUUUGGGGGAAGAUGCUGCCAGAUUACUGAGCCAGGAGGAGGAGGAGGAGGAAGAAGAAAACCACUCGGGUGAAGAGGACCGCUUGAGUGAAACCAAGUCUCAGGACUCUGAUGCCAAUCAGCAAAGCAGCAAGCUUAAGGGCUCUCUGUCUGUCAAGGAGGAGGAGGAGGAAGAUGGGGCAAAUGACCUUGGCGACGAAGCAUCUUCGGUCACUCGGGAACUGGACGAGCACGAACUGGACUAUGACGAGGAAGUUCCCGAGGAGCCGAGCACCAUUGCAGCCGAUGACGAGAUUGACAAGGCUGGGGAAGAGGAGGAGGAGGAGGAGGAGAUGGUAGACGAACCCCCCGGGGACGAGAAGAAAUCUGGCACGAAGAGUGAUGAGGAAAGGGGUGAGCAGGAGCCCCUGAAGGAGAAGAAGAAAGAGGAAGAUGGGGAAAUUGACGAUGGAGAGAUUGAUGAUGACGAUCUGGAGGAGGGAGAGGUAAAAGACCCCAAUGACAGGAAAGUGAGGCCUCGUCUCACCUGCCGGUUUUUCAUGAAAGGGCACUGCACUUGGGGUAUGAACUGCCGCUUUAUUCAUCCUGGUGUGAAUGACAAAGGAAACUACUCUUUGAUCUCCAAGCCAGAUCCUUUCUCUCCUAAUGGUGCACCACCUAUUGGCCCUGGGCCUCAUCCUCUGAUGCCAGCCAAUCCUUGGGGAGGCCCUGUAGUUGAUGAACUCUUGCCCCCACCACCUCCAGACCCUCCAGCAGAAAGUGCUUGGGAACGAGGACUCCGCCACGCCAAAGAGGUGUUGAAAAAGGCCACAAUGAAGAAGGAGCAGGAGCCUGAUUUUGAGGAGAAGCGGUUUACAGUGACCAUUGGGGAGGAUGAGCGCGAGUUUGACAAAGAGAAUGAAUUUUUCCGAGACUGGAACUAUCGUAUCACUCGAGAUGUUCAGGACUCAACUGAGGCGGACAUCAAAGAGAACAUUAACUUUGGAUCUGACCCUUAUACGGAUCCUUACUAUGAUUAUGACAUAGAACGCUUCUGGAGAGGUGGACAGUAUGAGAACUUUCGGGUACAAUACACCGACCCAGAUCCAUACCGGAACUACAGACUGAGCAAGGAAAGAGAAAGAGAGCGGGAGCGGGAGACCAGACAGCGGGAGCGGGAGCGCGAACGGGAGAGAGAGCGGGAACGGGAGCGACGGCAGAGGGAGCGGGAGCGUGAAAGGGAGAGGGAGCGCGACAAGGAGCGCCAGAGAAGAAAAGAGGAGUGGGAGAGAGAGAGGGAGCGCAUCAAGCGAGACGAGAAGGACCGGCAGCAUCGGGACCGAGAGAGGGAGAAGGAGAAAGAGAAGCCAAAACCACGAUCGCCACAGCCAGCAAGCCAUCAAAUGGGAACCCAUGAACUGACGCUGGCAAGAGCAGCCGCCGAAGUACCAAGGAGCGUGUCUAAGUCAGUCAGUGGGAAAGCUGCCAACCUAUUAAGCCGUCAACCUGAGCCACCAAAGAAGGAGAAAGAGGCCACUACGACCACCCCUUCUCAGUCCAAGAGAGCAGAUGAGUGGAAGGACCCUUGGCGCCGAUCAAAGUCCCCCCAAAAGAAGCAUGGGAUGUCCGCUUCGCCCAGCCGUGCUCGCAGGCGCCGGAAAACCUCUGCCUCUUCAGCCUCUGGCUCUGGUUCUUCGAGGUCGUCUUCUCGUUCCUCCUCCUAUUCUGGAUCCGGUUCUUCGCGGUCACGGUCCAGCUCUUCCUCAUACAGCUCCUACUCUAGUCGCUCUUCCAGGCACAGCUCUUUCUCAGGCAGUCGAUCCAGGUCACGGUCCUUCUCCUCUUCCCCGUCUCCUUCCCCAACUCCAUCUCCGCACAAGCCUCCCUCCAAAGCUAAAGGGGAACCUGCAGCACCUGCUGGAAAGGGCGACAAGCCUGUGAAGAAAUUACCUGCCCCUCCAGCCCCUCUGCCGGUCGUUAAAGCUGCGCCAGCCGCCCCGGAGCCACCCAAGCCAGGGGACGCCCGAGAAGCGAGGCGGAAGGAGCGCCAAGCAAGGACGCCACCCCGGAGGCGGGCUGUCAGUUGCAGUGCGAGUGGCAGCGGCAGCAGCUAUAGCGGUUCCAGCUCCCGUUCGAGAUCCUUGUCUCGAUCCCUCUCGCGGUCUCAUUCCCGGUCCUCUUCAGCCUCUGUUUCCCCAUCACCGUCUGGGUCCAGGAAAUCCAGGUCCUUGAGUGUGAGCAGUGUCUCAUCUGUCUCUAGUGCCUCCUCCAGUAGCAGCUCUGUGCGGAGCGCUGACUCAGAAGACAUGUACGCAGAUCUGGCCAGUCCAAUUUCUUCGGCCAGCUCCAGAUCCCCAACCCCAGCACAGCAGAAGAAGGAGAGAGGAAAGCCCAAAAAAGAAGGCGGCAGCGGCAACGUCAAGGAGGAGAAACGGAAGCGGGAAGCCCCAGCCCAGCCCCAGAAGACGGCCAAGGCCGUGCAAGGGAGCAAAGCUCAGCAGCCACCCCCACCCCAGCCAGCCCCACCUCCCCAGCCCCAGCCAGCCGGCUUCAGUGCCCACAAAGAAAUCAAGAUCACACUGUUAAACAAGGCAGCUGACAAAGGAAGCGGCAGGAAGAGGUAUGAGCCGUCUGACAAAGACCGGCAGGCUUCUCCUCCAGCCAAGCGGAUUAACCUGUCUCCAGACAGAGGUACUCGAGAUAGGAAACCUACAGGAAGGCUCUCAUCACCCAAACAGGACCGUCAGCGGGGCCCCAACCCAAAGCCCUCAGCCACUCAGGCAGACAAGAAGCGUCCACUCUCACCCCAGUCCAAGGGCUCCAGCAAAGUUACAAGCAUCCCAGGCAAAGCAGCUGAGCCGGCCCCUGCAGCUGCUACCACGAAGUCGGGCAAGUCCAGCACGUUGUCACGGCGGGAAGAGCUCCUGAAACAGCUGAAGGCCGUGGAAGAUGCCAUCGCCCGCAAACGGGCCAAAAUCCCUGGGAAAGUAUAGUUGGCCUUGGUCCACCCUGGAUUAGAGACUACUCUGUGUUUUUAUAAAUAGCAUACAAGCAGCCACUUCGGAUUUUGCAGUUCUGUUUUAUUUUGGCUGUGAUCCUUUUUUAAAAAAAAUUGAGAAGUUUUGUCAGCUGAAAACCCACCCACCCCCCUCCAGGGUCUAAAAUGGCUCCCUCUGGUUACCUCCCCAGCCCACGCGUUGCCGGCACCGUGGUGGAGGCGGCCUCGUUGAUGUUUUCCGUGUCCAUCGUGCACAGAGGACUCUUAACUGCAGCCCUGUCAGAUGCCUUUUCCUCUGCCCUACCCUCCUCUCCUCUCCGCUAGCUAUGAGUUGUAUUUCCCUAGUUAGCCCUGCUGUGUGUUGAGUGUCUUCAGCAAUGCAGUUCUACAUACUGUACCAGGAGAGAGGCGGCCAAAACCCUCUCUGUCAUCUGCCAGAAAUGUCCCCCUCUGUUGUCUGUCCUCUGCCCAACCUCUCCACCUCAUCCCCACAGGGACUAAACCAACUGCAUAGAUAUCCUUGAUGGAAGUCUGGUCGGAAGAUCCCACAUGUCUUUUAUUUUAAGCAAGAGAUUGUUUUAGUUGAUUUAAAAAAAAGAGGAAAAGCAGAGGUAUCGUCAGGAUGUGUGUCUAAUAAAGAGGGGACUUUUUUUUUGAGGGGUUAUGCUGAAAAUAAAGUAUUUUGAUAAACA